GUUCCGAGAUGCAGUCUCGUGCGCAACUCGAGAGAUCAAAAGGCACAAGUGAACCAGUUGCUUUGCUGGAAUAACUCAAGGGACAAAUAGUCAAUCGGAGUGGAUUCCGCGAUGGCACCUCGUGCAUUCGCCGCUGGGAAAGCCUAACAGGUCUCUCACCCAGCCCCUCUCCCAUGUCACCGAGACGUCUCCAUGGCAAUGUUUCGCGUCACUGAACGCUUCUUCUGGAAUGACUCGGAAGGGAUUCGGGAAGACCUCCUCCAUGGGAAUUCCUCUGGUGGUUGGGAGGAGGAUACAGAGUGUAACUACUACGCCAUGCUGUAUUCCCUGCUCAUCCUGGCCAUCAUGUUUGGCAACGUGCUGGUGUGUCUGGCUGUGGUGCGAGAGAGGUCCCUCCAGACCACCACCAACUACCUGGUGGUGAGCCUGGCUGUAGCUGACCUGCUGGUGGCCUCGCUGGUCAUGCCCUGGGCUGUCUACCUGGAGGUGGUCGGAGGGGCGUGGCUCUUCAGCAGGAUGUACUGUAACAUCUUUGUCACCCUGGAUGUCAUGAUGUGUACCGCCAGCAUUCUCAACCUGUGUGCUAUCAGCAUCGACAGGUACACAGCGGUGGUGAUGCCUGUCCUCUACAACACCACACACAGCUCCAGGAAGCGGGUCUCGGCCAUGAUCGCGACAGUGUGGAUCCUGGCCUUCGCUGUCUCCUGCCCCCUUCUGUUCGGAUUCAACACAUCAGGUGAGACACACGACCCGACGGUGUGCUCCAUCUCCAACCCCGACUUUGUCAUCUACUCGUCGGUGGUGUCCUUCUACCUGCCCUUCAUCGUCACCCUGCUGGUGUACAUCCGCAUCUACGUCUUCCUCAGGAAGAGGAGGAAGAGGAUUGCCAUCCGCCAGGGCAGCAGCGGGAAGGUCCAGCCAGGUUUGGCCCAGCCCUCCGCGGUGAGAACACAGUCAUAUGGUCCCACAGUGACUGUGCAAAUGAACAUGGAAGAAAAGUGUCUGCAGGAGGAGUCCCUUAAGGAGAACAGAGACCUGUCCCCCAUUAGGAUCAAAGUGGAGAGUAUAGAGCCGGCAGGGCCCCCUAAAGCUCACCUCCUGUCUGGGUGUCUGCGGCGUAAGCGUCCCCGGACGGCCCCUGUGGAGAACACACUGCUGCCCCCGGUUGACAUCCAGAACUACUGCAGCAUCAGCCACGCCUCCUGCGGCCGCACUGAGCACGACCGCGCCGAGGAAGAGGUGGCCAAAGCCAAAGAGCGUAUUCCUUUGCGGAGGAGCUGCGAGGUCAAGGAGCUGUCCAAUGGACGCAUUCACACGGCACUCCGUCCCGCCCCCCACUCCCAGUCCCUGACCAGCCAACAACAACAUCGAGUCAGGAGCAUGCAGAACAGGGAGAAGAAGGCUACGCAGAUGCUGGCCAUUGUGCUUGGGGUGUUCCUGAUCUGCUGGCUGCCGUUCUUCGUGACUCACAUCCUGAACACCCACUGCAGGACGUGUCGUAUUCCCCCGGAGCUCUACAGCGCCUUCACCUGGCUGGGCUACGUCAACAGCGCCCUCAACCCCGUCAUCUACACCACCUUCAACAUCGAGUUCAGACGUGCCUUCCUCAAGAUCCUCAGCUGCUGAGGACACUAUGGUCCACCAUGACCGCGUCAUAACCA